GCUUCGGUUGCUCUGGAGUGUCGUUCUCUUCUUCCUUCAAUUGGAUAUACAUUGUACAUUUACUUCUCAACUUUUCACCUCAUCAUCGGCAAGUCGGCGGCGGGUAUCAUGAUGAAUGGCUCGCUGAACUCCUUUUGUCCCGACGAUUCCUUCGGGCCAACAGUGAAAGUCCAGAGCUGUCGGGAUGGUUUCGAUUUUACCUUACUCUUUGAGGAGAGCAUAUUUACCAUCCUUCCAGCUACCUUAUUAUUAUGCGCUGUGCCGUUUCGAUUCUGGUCAAUUUAUCGUCGACCAGACGCGGUGAAAGGGUCGCUACUCCGGAUUUUCAAACUCGUUACCAUCGUGGUACUGUGUCUACUCAGAUUGGCCCUGCUAAUCUUAUGGACGCUCCCUCUGUAUGCUGCAUUACGGACACGUGCGACCAUCGCAACAGCAGCGCUAGAUCUAGCCGCUACCAUCGCAAUAGGGCUUUUGUCGCCUCUGGAGCAUUCAAAGUCGCUGCGACCGUCGAUCUUACUCGGCGUUUUUCUCUUCUUCACAACAAUCUUGGACAUUGCAAGAGCACGAACAGAAUGGCUCCUCCCGGGCUCAUCCGCUACUUCCGCCGUAUUCGUAGCUGCACUGGUUAUCAAGAGCCUGUUGCUGGUUCUGGAGGCCCUUUCGAAGGCUAGCCACAGUCAUACGCAGGGCCCAGAUAUGCCAGAGCGGAGGAGCGGUAUCUACAGCCUUAGUUUCUUUGCCUGGCUGAACCCGUUGAUUUAUCAAGGUAAUUGGGGCAAUUUGACGGUCCAUGAUUUGUACCCAAUCGAUGAGCAUAUUUCGUCCGAGUCGGUCGACGAACGAAUUCAGAAGCAGUGGGAUUCCAGUUCCAAAGAUAAAAGCUAUUCUCUCGCCUUAGCGAUAGCCAAGGCGCUCUGGGCUCCACUCACUGUAACUAUGGUCCCUAGACUUUUUUUAAUCGCAUUCAGUAUGGCCCAGCCAUUUUUGAUUGAAGAUGCCAUCAAUUUUGUCGAGGGCGGAACCGAACCCAAUCAAUAUGGUUAUGGGCUGAUUGGAGCCUUUGGAAUUACGUAUCUUGGAAUUGCUAUUUCGACAGCAUGGUACCAGUAUCUGACUUCUCGGGCACUCACGAUGAUUCGCGCGGCGCUGAUCAGCAUCAUCUAUAAGUCGAGCCUUGAUAUCGCCGUGGGCACUGUAGAAGCGUCUUCGCCUGUAAGCUUGAUGGGGGCCGAUGUCGAGCGUGUCAUGUCGACGCUUCAGUGGGUCAUCAGUACAGCCCCCAACAUCAUUCAGGCUACCAUCGCCAUCUGGAUUUUAGAGACACGUCUCGGGGCAAUUUGCGUGGCACCUGUCAUUUUUGUUCUGAUUCUGGCAUACGCAUCUAGUCAAGUUGCUAAGAAAAUCCGGCCGCGCCAGCGACAAUGGAUGCAAGCAGUUCAGAAACGUGUGGCUUACACCUCUGACGUUCUUGGCUCGAUUAAGGGUAUGAAGAUGCUUGGUCUUACCAAUAUGAUCACUGGAAACGUGCAAGAUCUGAGAGAACAAGAGUUGCAAAAGUCGAAGCGUUUUCGAUAUGUACAGAUCGUCAAUAUCACCCUCGGAAAUGCCGCAAACAUGCUGUCUCCCGUCGUCACCUUCAUCGGCUAUGGCAUUAUUGCGAAGUACUCGUCUGGUAAGGCACCAAGUGCCGCAACCAUCUUCUCGUCGUUGUCUCUGCUGUCGGUGUUGAUCAGUCCGGUGAAUGAGCUAGUCUCAGCCAUUCCCAAUCUAGCCUCCGCGUUAGAGUGUUGCAAUCGUAUUCAACAGUACACGGAAGGCAAGAAACAAGUUGACUUCAGACGCCUGACCUGUGAGCCCAGAGUUUCUGAUGUUGAGACUAAUCGGGAGCCGAAAUACGAGAAAUCCGAAAGCGGCACCAGCAUCAUUGAACUUAGGCAGGUCAAUGCAGGCUGGUCUCCAGAGAAGACCGUCCUCCACGACUUCUCCGUGCAGAUUACUGCGGGCACACUAACCAUCGUUGUCGGGCCCGUUGGAUGCGGAAAAUCCACUUUACUCCAGAUCUUGCUAGGCGAAGGGAUCCUGCACAGCGGCUCAGUGAGCCUGUCGACAGAUGAUAUUGCAUAUUGUGAUCAGACGCCUUUCCUAACGAACCAAAGUAUCCGACAGAACAUCGUUGGCAACUUGGAUUAUGAUCAGGAAUGGUAUAUCUCUUGUUUGCGGGCAUGUGCCUUGGACGUUGAUAUUCAUCAGUUUCCAGACGGCGAUAAUAGCCGAGUGGGAAGUAGAGGUAUUUCAUUGAGUGGCGGGCAGAAACAACGCUUGACCGUCGCUAGAGCCGUCUACGCCCGGAAGAAGAUUGUCCUGAUAGACGAUUGCCUCAGCGGGCUGGACUCGGAAACGGAACGGCACUGCUUUCACCAGCUUUUAAGUCAAGAUGGGUUAAUACGACACACUGGUGCUACUAUUGUGCUGGUUACUCAUGCCGUCAAAUGGCUCCCGUAUUCAGAUCAGAUCCUCGUUCUCAGCCCAGAGGGUCGCCUAUUACAGUUCGGCACAUACCAAUUUCUCACAUCAGUACCCGGACAUCUUCAUAAUCUCAAAUUAAAUAAAAACGGAUUCGAGAACGCAAGUUCCAUUACGAAGCUGGAUAUUAAUUCAAGCACAUCAGAUUCUCCAAUACCCGACGAAAAGAAGGAUGAGGAGGUAGCAGGUGAAAGUCGGGGACGUCGAGAUCCCCGUAAUCUUUUAUACUAUAUUAACACUAUGGGCAAACCAGCUUUUGGCUUAUUUCUACUUUUCACCACCAUACAGUGUAGUUUUAUAGCACUACAGCCAUUGUGGCUCAGCUGGUGGGUCGACGCCAAUACGACGAGGCCGGAAACUGAUCUAGGAAAAUGGCUGGGCGUCUAUGCUGUCUUUGGGAUCCUGGCGCUAGCUUUUCUCGGGAUCGCUGCAGGGUACUAUUUAAUAUCACUGGUUCCCAGCUCCGCGAGUAGAUUGCACUACUCAAUUCUGAGAGCUACAAUGAGGGCUCCUAUGUCUUUUAUCUCGGCCACGGACUCGGGAUCUCUCUUGAACCGGUUCACUCAGGAUAUGACCCUAAUGGAUAUGCAAUUACCAAUGUCACUUUUGCUUUCCACCGAAGCACUUGGCAAAACCAUCGCCGGAGCAAUCCUGACUUGCGUCUCCUCAGGCUAUAUGGCCCUGUGUCUGCCAUUUUUAGUAGUGGCGCUCUUCUAUCUUCAAAAGUUCUACCUCCAGACCUCCCGGCAGAUGCGGCUACUCGACCUCGAAGCCAAAUCCCCGCUCUAUACGCAUCUCACUGAGACCUUGGACGGGGUGCGGACCAUACGUGCAUUCAAAUGGAAGGGGUACGUCCUUAACCAAAACUUUGGACUGCUCGAUCUUGCGCAACGACCAUUCUAUCUGCUUUUGUGCCUGCAGAACUGGUUAAAUCUUGUGCUAGAUGUUGUUGUCGCUUGUUUUGCUAUCAUCCUCAUUGCUUUAGCUGUGACACUGCGACAUUCGAUGAACAGCAGUCUGCUGGGAGUUGCGAUGGUUAGUAUCGUGAGUUUCAGUCAAACGCUAUCAUCUUUCGUGAAUUACUGGACUAGUAUCGAGACGUCUUUGGGGGCUAUUGCGAGAACACGGCGAUUUGUCGCAGAAACGCCGGCAGAACUGUCCGACGGAGCAGCAGUCGUCUCUGUAGAAUGGCCUUCGGACACUUCUAUCGAGUUCAAGAAUGUCUCUGCUUCAUAUCAAGUCUCCGGUCCCGAGGUCGUGCAGAAGAUUGAUCUGAUCAUCGAUGCUGGGCAGCGGGUCGCGAUUUGUGGCCGCACGGGUUCGGGCAAAUCCACUCUCGUCGCACUUCUCCUACGCCUGCUAGACCCCAAGUCUGGCGUCGUGCUCAUUGGGCACGACGACAUCUCUUCGUUUUCCCCCGAAACAGUCCGCGGGCGCAUCAACUCGCUGCCACAGGACCCGUGGUUUCUGCCGGGGGGACAUGAAACUGUGCGUUCCAACUUGGACCCUCUGAGCGAAGCCACAGAAUCCCAGAUCCAAGUUGCAUUGGAAAAAGUCGGAUUGACAGAGCAGAUCCGGAGGAUGGGCGGCCAUGAUGCAGAAAUGCGUGGGAGUCAGCUGUCCGCUGGACAAAGACAACUGUUCUGUUUGGCGAGGGCCAUGCUGAUGCGGAGAAGUAAAAUCUUGCUGCUAGAUGAGGCAACAAGCAGUGUCGAUGUACCUACGGAGGAGGUCAUGAUGUCUCUCUUGCGGACCGAGUUUCAAGGCUGGACUAUCAUAGCAAUCGUCCAUCGGUUACAGAGCAUCCAGGACUUUGAUCGCGUGGUGGUGCUGGAUCAGGGCCGGGUUGUCGAAUGUGAAAGUCCGACGGUGCUACUUGCGGAUGAGGGCUCGGCUUUUGCGAAGCUGUAUAGGAAUGGGGGGUGGCAGUCAUCUUAGAAGAUAGAAGCAAGGAUCAUCGGUUCAAGUGACUCUUAUAUAGUCACUGUGUAACUCGAGAUCUGAGGCUCUGAGAUUGAUUCAUUCAAAAUGAAGGUAGAUGAGAAAUAUCGACAAAUGUAUGUUUGAAAGCUAGCUACUAUUUCAUUCUUGGUACA